CAUUAGCACAAACAGAGGUUAACAUUCGUGACAAAGUGCUUCAGUUCGAGGAACCUUACUAACGAUAUGAGGUAACUUUUUGCGCGGGAAAGCGCUCUUUUGGACUGGAACGAAUUUGAAAUUUUCCCGAGAAGGUACUGGAACUGAGUCUCGUCCAAAUGUUCAAAAUGGCGGACGAUUCAAGUGCUGUGCCGAUUUGGUGUGAUGUUGGAAAGAACUUAAAUGCAGCGUAUUUGAUAGUUAGCUUAAGAGAUGUCACAAAAGAAAAAACCUCUGAAGAUGGCAAUUUAAAGAAAAUUGUUAAAAUUUAUUCACGUUAUUUGACGUUUAAUGGCCAUGUGGUCGGCGCAUCUGCAGAUGGCGAUACAGAAGGAGACGAGAGCACGGUACUUUAUCCAGCUGCUUUUAGUGUGAUCCCAAGGACAUGUAGUGGGCUUUCAAUGUGUAGAGGAAGUGAAGUUCAAAUGAGACUUCAGUUUGAAUAUCACUCAAAUGACUCACAAGAGAGAUUGGUCAACAGGCAUUUGAAGGAAGAGUUGAGUGAGUUAAGAAAUGGAUGUCACAGUUUCUGUUGCCGGAUGUGUGGCUCUGCUGUUUUAUUACCUGAGACGCAGUUCAAAAGGGUGCUGGAGUUACCAUCAGAAAACUGGCUUGAAUUGGCUCAAGACUGGUGUUGUCAUGGAAACAGUCAUCUAACUUCUGUUGCAGGAGUUCUUGAACCUGGUGAAAAGGACUGUUUUGUUGGUGAAUACUACAUUAAACUGCAUAGUUCAACUAUAAAGCCUGGCAGUUUGCAGAUUUUACCAGGGGAAGAACAUUGCCCUUUGAAAUGCUGUAGAUGCAAUUCCAUACUAGGGAACAUUAUGGUUGAGGAUUCAGGUCUUGAUGUGUUGGAUGUUAACUGUAGUGAUGCAUUUAGCAUACACCUCUACAAACACAGUGUCAGUUUGAGAUCUAGCAACUUGUUCAGGUAUUGUCUUUCUUAUUCUUAUUCAAUGUACUAGAAUCCAAAACAAGUACAUGUUAACAAACUUCCAAAAGAAGAGGACUGAAAUAAAUGAAACCACUUUUUUGUUCUGUUUUUUUUUUAUUGGUGGUUCAGUCAUCUCAUUGUAAUAUUUUUGUUUGAUUCAUUGUUUUGAACUUUAGAACAUAUUCUUUCUCACUGCAGCAGUAGCAGCUGCUACUAAUAGGAUAGUCAGAAUUUAGUAUUCUAAAACUGGCGG